AUGGUAGCAAUCGUUGACCUUCCGGCCCCGUUACUUCAAAAAAUAUGCGAUUUCCUUCCGAUCGACGAUGUGCUUUCCAUGACUAGCUCCUGUGAUGCGUUUGCCAGUUCCAUAAAUCAAAAAUCCUUUUGGCUACGACGUCUUACUAGAGGCAACAAUGGGGCGUAUUCUUGUAUUCCAGAAAAACGACUUAAUUGGAAGGACGUGUGUAUCGCCCAUGAAACCAUUGAGCGUUGGUUCUCAGGUGACCAUAGUAACCUUGUAAAGCGAACAAGUCGACACUACACCUCCCACUGUAUCGACGCAAUGCAAAUACUGAAAGUAAACCUCUUCCUCCUCAUUCCAUUUUUCUUCAAGCCUCCGAACCACAACCUUUUUGCAGUUGGGGAUCGCGGUGGGACUCUUUCUUUACUGUCCCUCAAAGCCCUUCUGGGUGAAGAAGAACCUACACCUAACUACACUGAUACUCAAGCACAUAAUGGCUGGAUCUGGACUAUUUCCAGCGACAGUAAUGUGAUAGCCACUGGUUCGUGGGAUCGACAUUUACGAGUGUGGUCGAUGAACAAUGCGGCUGUGGAUCUUCUUUCUCAGUACAGGAUGAACUCGGUGGUCCUCUGUUCAGAUUUUGUCGAUCCAAAUCUCGUAGCCGUAGGGACGUUCCACAAGGAGUUGGCAGUCUUUGAUUUCCGUGUACCAAGUCAGUACUCCGCCCUAUCAAACACCUAUCACCAGGGCACAAUCCUCUGUCUCAAAUCGCUCUACGGCCUUUUCAGCAAUAUGGAAGGUCCUCUAUCAAGUGGUUUCCCUUCUACCACAACGCUAGACUUCAGCGAUGCGGAUUCCGUGAUUUCCACCAUGGGAGAUGUCAGCCUACACGGGACCUCAAUAAAUAACAGUUUGGAAGCGCGGAGUUCGCUCUCCUCGAUGGUUUCCGCUGGUGAUGCUGAUGUUUUGCCACCGCCAUCGCAAAAUGUUGGCUUCUAUAGCGGUUGUAAGGGCGGAAUAUUGGCGGCGUGGGAUCUACGCAAAUUUAGCAAACCUGUCGGUGAACACAAGCUACGGUCCUAUCCCCGGAAGAUAUCUCUAAUGGAUGGAGAAGAGAUGUGGGUGGCUGAGCAUCCGAACCGUCUGCACGUUUUCCACACCGUUUCCUCUCGUUCCAACAGCUCCGCUCCUCUGCUUUCGCUUCUUCGUUCGCACAAGUAUUCAGGGAAGUUGGGCUCAAUUUCCGCGUUAGAGGCCACUCCAGGAGGCGUAUUUGUGGCGUUGAUGAGUCGGUACUUCGACGUUCUUCAUCCCACCAUGCCUCCGCGUUCCAUGCUGAAGAAACCCAUCUCCAAAGACCAAAGUGGAAUUUACGUUUCUUUGUCGUUCGCUCACGAGACGCUGCUAGUGGGAGGCGACAACGGAAGUAUAUCCUUGUGGAUGUCUAGAAGACGGGCUAAUCAACUUCUUGAUGGAGAGUCACCUUGA